AUGGAUACCCAUAAUGUCUUGGACAAAAAGGAGAGCGAGAAGCAGAUUUCCGUCGAUCCAAUUUCCCUAAAAGAAUCAGGGAAUGUGCAAUUAGUCAUGCCUCUUCCAUUGCCACCGGCCAAGAGUAAGUUCUUGAGCUACAGCCUCCCCAAUUCGGCAUCUACGUCGCCUCGAUUUGUCCCCAAGAAGAAAACUCGGAAGAAUCAUGGCCAAGUGUCUCCUCUUUCUGUUAAUCCAUUGGCCAGGCAACAUUCCGUCGCGCUUAGUAAUCUAGAACGUCUACGUGAAAACCACUUGCGACGGAGCAAGUCGUGUGGUGAAAACCGGGCAUCCCAACCGUCGGAUGAGUUGGAUCUCUGGCUGACUAAAAUCAACGACGAUUACAAAGCCGAACCCAAAUUAGUGCAUGUCGUCAAAAAUAAUAUCAGCGACGACACGAUAGAAGAGAAGUUCAAAUGUGGAGCUCUAUGUUUGUUCAUUCCAGGAUUUAGUAACAAGGCAAAAUCAGUGAAAUCCAAAAAGGAUCAGGAGGAACCACACAUUGUGUCCAAGAGAGUAUCCCUCGAGAAAUUCGAAUGUGGAUCAUGGACAUCGUCAGCAAUUAUCAACGGUGACGAUGGAGAUUCCUCAAAUCUCUUCUUCGACUUGCCAGUGGAGCUUAUGGGAUGCAGCACAAACGGCACAGAUUCGCCGAUUACAGCUGCUUUUGUGUUCGACAAGGAUCGAAAAGGGGUUCUCAAGAACACUACAUCAUCUUCACAAAUGCAACACGGGAAAUCACAUGAAUCGGCACGUCACGUUCGUUUUUCUACGUCAUCUCCAGAUUCACCAACUUGCAUUACGCCUCGCCUCGUGAAGGCAAGGGAGGAUUUCAAUUUAUUCUUGGAAGCACAAAGUGCAUGA